GUAAAAGUUUGUUUCGUGUAUGUGCGAUCUAAAGUAUAUUAAAAGCUAUUUUGUUUAUAUCAUCCAAAAUUACUUGAUUAACUAUGCUUAGAGAACGGAAUCGAGGUAUACGGGGAAAGUGGAGUGAGGAAAACUUGCAAAAAGCUAUUGCGGUAGUUCGAAAUGGUAUGUCCAAGAAUUUAGCAAGUAAGCGAUUUUUGGUAUGCCGUGGAAAGCUGAGGGACUACUUAGGAAAAAAUCUGACAUCGAAAUGUAGCAUGGGUCGUAAAUCUAUGCUCACCAAGGAACACGAACAAGAGUUGUGUUCAAGAAUUAUUCUCUUGGCAGAAAUAUGAUAUCCGCUAACUUCUAAAGUAUUGCGUAGGUGUGUUUUUAAUUUUUGCGAUGCUAACUUCAUAUACCAUCCAUUUAAUAAGGAAAAAAUAUUAUCUGGACGUUUCUGGCUCAAAGGAUUCUUUAACCGGAAUCUUCAAAUUAGAAAGCGGAAGGCUCAGAGUAUGAAUCCUGCCAGGGCCCAAAAACUAAACCGGUCUAUAGUGAA